AUGUUCAUUGGAAUAUUUGGCAAGACAGGAACUGGAAAGAGUUCUCUGAUAAAUGCUCUUCUAAAUGAAAAAACCUUACUGCCUACAUCAUCAAGAAAAGCUUGCACUUCUUGCAUUAUCCAAGUGCAAGUUCAUGAAAACAACCGCCUCGUGUACAAAGCUGAGAUUGAAUUCAUCAGUAAAGAGACAGGAACUGGAAAGAGUUCUCUGAUAAAUGCUCUUCUAAAUGAAAAAACCUUACUGCCUACAUCAUCAAGAAAAGCUUGCACUUCUUGCAUUAUCCAAGUGCAAGUUCAUGAAAACAACCGCCUCGUGUACAAAGCUGAGAUUGAAUUCAUCAGUAAAGAGGAAUGGGAGGAAGAGCUGAAAGAACUCAUAGAGAACUGUAAACAAGACCAUAAUGAGGAUAGCAGUUAUACAGAGGAUGGACAGGAGGCUGAGAGUGAACUUGCAAAAGAAAAAAAUAUGGCUGUUUAUGGAAAAGACGGAUUAAAUAAAAGUUUUUUUGAGUUGGCAAACGUGAAAAUUCUCGACACUUUAAAGGGUAGCAAAGUAUUUUUUUCAAAAACUGGCUCAGAGUUGUCUGAGAAGAUUAAUCAAUAUAUAAGGAGUGAAUCAGAUGAUGAAACCUCCCGUUCUUAUUGGCCCCUGGUGAAAGUUGUUAAACUUCAUGUACCAAAAGCCUGUGGAUUGCCAGAUCAAGUGGUAUUGGUUGAUAUACCAGGAACUGGAGAUUCUAAUAAAGACAGAAAUAAAAUGUGGAAGGAGUAUAUCAGCAAGUGUAAUUCUAUUUGGAUUGUUACGGAUAUCACAAGAGCAGAAUCUGACAGAAAUGCAUUAGAAAUCCUGAAUACUGAACUGAGAGGCAUUGCUGGUGGAGGAGAGUGCCAAAAUAUAACCUAUAUAUGCACCAAAACUGAUGAAAUAGGCAUUCAAAUGGGCAUUCAGAGUGGUCACAAAACACAAGGGAUUUCAGGACAUGCAGUAAGUAGCCAUGUAUUUUUAUCCAAGUUGAAUUUUUGA